AUGUUUAAGCGUACCAUUGCCGAAAACAUGUGUGCAUGUUGUGCAAACGCAGCAACUAGGGAACCAGAAGGUAUCAGUGUAGAGCUUAUCGCCACGUGCAUCGAGCGCUAUCAAACGUUUCUGGAUGAACUUCUGUUCGCAAUUCGAGCCGUAGUUGUUGGGAAGCUGACACAAGUUCGAGCAUGGUGA